AUGGUAAUGGACGAUACCAUGAGUGAACACAUGCGACGGUACUAUACACUACGGCAAAGAAUAAUAACAAGGGACAAUCAUUUUUUCGUCAACAACAAGGGGCAAAGGGUUGUGAAGCUGUACGAUGACGUCAAUCGGAUUUAUGGUUCACAACUAUCCGCAGGUGUAUUCAAAUCGAAAUUGUCGGCAUGCGUCUUCCGACGGAUGAUCGAGACGAAGUCCCGAGGUCACCGCCCGGAAGUCGGUAAAGCCGUAGCAGCAUGCCUCCAGCAUGGAGAGAGCACGGCUUUAAAGUUUUACCGCCUUCCGGAUGCGAGCGAAGCCAUCCGCCGGCAGGACAGGAUUAAUAUGGUGGACAAAACGGCGGCUUUCGAGCAAGAAGUGAUGGCAAACUUCGACGAAAUAUUUGGUAAUGAACUUUAUGUGAAUAUGACGGAGUCUCUGAUACAAGAGAAGCUGCAGGGUUCGGAUGAGAUUACUUCAAAUAGUGGAGCAGAGAUCACAGCGUCAUUUGUAAAAACCUUAAAAACAAGGUAUGACAUUUUAGUCGAAGAGUGGCGAAUCGACAUUUUGUAUGAAUUGGCGAUACAAGAGUACGACCACACCAAUAUAUCAAAACAUGCCAUAAUUCAAAUAUCAAAAGACAAUAGAAUCCACUAUUUCAUCCACGGUGACAAAGACCGGAUAGUUAAGGCAGUCAUCAACAGAGUCAAUAAGCGUUAG